GCCCAGCCCGCCAUGUCGAGCUCGCUCAUGUUUGCCCGCGACCCGAGGGCCAGCGUCGGCCUCCUCGGUGCCGGCGAGCGCGUCUCGGGCGCAGAGGUCCGCGAGCAGAACGUCCAGGCCGCUGUCUCCAUCGCCAACAUUGUCCGCACCAGCCUCGGGCCCCACGGCCUCGACAAGAUGCUCGUCGACGACAUUGGCGACGUCACCAUCUCGAACGACGGCGCGACCAUCCUCCAGCUCAUCGAGGUCGAGCACCCGGCCGGCCGCAUCCUCGUCGAGCUCGCCCAGCAGCAGGACAAGGAGGUCGGCGACGGCACCACGUCGGUCGUCAUUGUCGCCGCAGAGCUCCUCCGCCGCGCCAACGACCUCGUCAAGAACAAGAUCCACCCGACGACCGUCAUCACGGGCUACCGCCUCGCGUGCAAGGAGGCCGUCCGCUUCCUCACCGACCACCUGAGCGUGCGCGUCGACCAGCUCGGCCGGGAGUGCCUCAUCAACGUCGCCAAGACGAGCAUGUCGUCCAAGAUCAUCGGCGCCGACGACGCCUUCUUCGCCAACAUGGCCGUCGACGCCAUGCUCGCCGUCAAGACCAUCAACGCGCGAGGCGACGUCAAGUACCCGGUCAAGGCCGUCAACGUCCUCAAGGCCCACGGCAAGAGCGCCACUGAGUCGAUCUACGUCAAGGGCUACGCCCUCAACUGCACCGUCGCGUCUCAGGCCAUGAAGACCCGCAUCACGGGCGCCAAGAUCGCGUGCCUCGACAUGAACCUGCAGAAGACGCGCAUGCACCUCGGCGUCCACAUCACGAUCGACGACCCGGAGCAGCUCGAGGCGAUCCGCAAGCGCGAGUCGGACAUUACGCUCGAGCGCGUGCGCAAGAUUCUCGCGUCGGGCGCCAACGUCAUCCUCACGACCAAGGGCAUCGACGAUCUGUGCCUCAAGGAGUUUGUCGAGGCGGGCGCGAUGGCGGUCCGGCGGUGCAAGAAGGAGGACCUGCGCCGCAUCGCCAAGGCGACGGGCGCGACCAUGGUCAGCUCGCUCGCCAACCUCGAGGGCGACGAGACGUUCGACGCGGCGUACCUCGGCCAGGCCGAGGAGGUCGUCCAGGAGCGCAUCAGCGACGACGAGCUCAUCCUCGUCAAGGGCACCAAGGUCGUCAGCUCGAGCUCGGUCAUCCUCCGUGGCGCCAACGACUACCUCCUCGACGAGAUGGAGCGCGCCCUGCACGACUCGCUGUGCGCCAUCAAGCGGACACUCGAGAGCGGCAGCGUCGUUCCCGGUGGCGGCGCGGUCGAGACGGCGCUCAGCAUCUACCUCGAGAACUUUGCGACGACGCUGGGCUCGCGCGAGCAGCUCGCGAUUGCCGAGUUCGCCAACGCCCUCCUCGUCAUCCCCAAGACGCUCGCCGUCAACGCGGCCAAGGACUCGACCGAGCUCGUCGCCAAGCUGCGCGCGUACCACAACGCGGCCCAGUCGGCGCCGACGGGCGACCCCAAGCGCGCCCUGCGCCACUACGGCCUCGACCUCAUGAAGGGCGAGGUGCGUGACAACGUCAAGGCGGGCGUGCUCGAGCCCAUGAUCAGCAAGAUCAAGAGCCUCAAGAGCGCGCUCGAGGCGUGCACGGCGUUGCUGAGGAUUGACGACCGGAUCACGGUCCCGCCGGAGCAGAAGGGCGAGGACCCUCACGGGCACUGAGCGUGGUCGCGAGUCGGGGCGCAUGACGACGACGACGAGGGUGUGUUGGAGCUACGUCGCACAACUGCAGAACCUGUACUUCUCUGUCCUCUCGA